GGCAACUUUUCCUCUGGACAGGUUUUGAUAAAUCUCCCCCAAAGUGCUGAAGGAGAUGAUGCCCCCUUUAUGCACCCGAGUACAUUGCUUCAGCUCUCUCAUAAGAUCACCUGACAGCUCCUCACACAACUAUUGGCGGUGCAGUGACAGGCGGUAGAUCCGGCUCUGUAGGCAGAUGAUUCAUGAACACAUCGAGCCGCGCCGAACUCCUCAGGGGCUCACCGAGUGAUGUUCAAGGUUUAGUUCACAAGAUAGCAGAAUCCAUACAGCCAUGAUGAAUGGCGCUAAACAAACACAAAGGACCCCGUGCGCGGAUCCGAUGGAGAAUUAGACAAGGCUGUGACCUGUACCUGAUACGGUGCAAUUAACAAUUUACAUAGAAACGAUGAUGAAGAUCGGAUGAAUGGGAUCACUUGUCUACCCAAAAGUGCAGAAAUACUGAGGGAAAAUAGAACUUCUGAAGAGAUUUUUCCUGCAGAAUGUGAGAGAGAUUUCCUCCAGUAGGUUUAUUACCUUUAAGCAAAUCAGCCUCAUCUGCAAUUCUGGGGAUAUAAAAGGUGUGAAGGUCCUUCCUGGAGUCAUUUACUCUGCACUUCACACAGCUGCUUUCUCUGGAGACAUUCUCAUCUGCGGGACAGAGAAGACAGAAACUGGUGAACAUGAACAUCGCUAUGGCGUGCAUGGUGUUCUUCUUGGCGGCCACACAAGCCUGGCCCGAGGAAACAGACGGAACGGAAGGAAACUACUGGCCUUCUCCAGACCAAAACCAGGCAGAUCUGGAGGAUGCUGCAUAUGACAGAUACCUUACGAGAAUCGCAAGGAAACUCAAACCAGAUCAUUUUUAUGGAGUUAUGGGAAAAAGAAUAAGUGAAUCUAAAAGAACAUCACCCAAAAGACAGAAAAUAGAUUCCUUUAUUGGCCUGAUGGGCAGGAGGUCAUUAAGUUCUGAAUCCAAAGAGAGAAAUUCUGACUACGACUACAGGAGAAGACGUAAAUAAAAUCCCCCUCCCCCUUAUGUGUUAUAGGGAUGUAAGAUAGACUGUGAAUUGUUCUCCCCAUGAUGUUAGCAGAACUUGUGUCCA